AUGUGUCCUGUGUGGCUAUUGGUGGCUGUGACUGUGGUGGGUGUGGUCAGCGGAGACGCCAACCAAUGCUGGGACCAUCCGAGCUGCCAUGAGGUCAACGAUGAGAGCAGCAUGAUGGAGUGUAUCCAGCUCUGUCAGUCUGACCUCACUGCAGAGGCCUCCUCCUCCUCCACCCCUCAGGCCAAGCGCUCCUACUCCAUGGAGCAUUUCCGCUGGGGGAAGCCGGUCGGACGAAAGCGUCGCCCGGUCAAAGUCUACACCUCCGAUGGCGUGGAGGAGGAGUCGGCCGAGGUGUUCCCUGAAGAGAUGCUCAGGCGGGAACUCGCAGAGGCAGAAGACCAGGAGACGGUGGCAGCGGGGGAGCAGGAGAAGCUCCAUGAUGUCCACGAGAAAAAAGACAGCACAUACAAGAUGAAGCACUUCCGCUGGAGCGGCCCACCGGCCAGCAAACGCUACGGUGGCUUCAUGAAGAGCUGGGACGAACGCAACCAGAGGCCGCUACUCACACUCUUCAAAAACGUCAUCAAAGACGAAGGACGGGAGACAACGGGGAAGCAGACGGGAGAGAUCGGAGGGAAGAGAUAGAUGGAAGAUGAGCCGAGAGAGAGAGAGAGAGUUUUUCCACAGCAACACCUUCAUGUGAUCGACCAACAAAUCAAACUAAAACACAGUUUGAGACAAACCAAACACAAAAGAUGUCAUUUUCUCCCUGAACGACAGACGAGCCCAAAGUCUCCAAACUGAGUCUGUUCACAAGUGGUUUGUACUUUAACUGCUUUGAUUUCAGCUGCAAAUAAAUGUUCUUUACAUUUAUUAAACUUCUUUAAGCUUUGAUUGUUGCUCAUUUAGUCAUAAACGUGUAUGUGUAAUGUUUUGAAGACGUCCUGUGAAAACAUGUAAAAACACAAACAAUAAAAAA